ACGCUGCCAACUUUCUAAAAUAAAUAUUCUGCCCCUUCCCCUUUCAAGAAAUGUCAAAUCAGUGCAAAAUACAACAAUAAUAAACACGAUGAAAUUAAAUCGAAACAUAGUGAACGUGUAAUAAAUCAAGACAAAAUGGAAUUAUUUCGAUCAGAAUUGUAUUACAUAUUCGUCAGAAAUGAAUCAAGUUUAUGGUGGAACAGAAUUACAGGGGCAUUUUCUGUUCGAUCAGCAUGGGAUCUGUCGGAUAUUGAGGAUAUCGAGUGCUUAGGGAUAACUGAUGGUAUAAUAGGCAAAGUCGAGCACUCCAAUAUAUUCGAGCCUCGACUAAUGAUUAUAAAAGAGAGUGCACCAGUGGGCACAAUAUAUUUUCACCACACAAUCUACAAAAUCAAGUCAAUAUGCUUUUUGAACAUGGGGCAGGCGAACCAGGAGGUGGACUUGAGUCCUUGCACGAAGCACGGGUCCCUGAACUCUGUGUCGAGUUCCAACAAAUCAUUGAACAAGAAGAUGGGGGCUAGACUGUUUGAGAAUUCAGCUUUCUUGAAUAAAACUGUUGGUGCUGUGAAGAAUGUCAGUAAUACGAUCAAGACAACGACACAGCAAGCUGCUACUCAGGUAAAACAAACAGUCAAAAAGCAACGAGAUCCGAAAAUAGCCGAGCGUUUUGAGAAACGUCUGACCGACGAAUUACACAAGAUAUUUGACGACUCCGAGAGUUUCUAUUACUCAAGAACGCUGGACAUUACCAACUCCUUACAAAGGCAGUAUGAGAUUGAGAAGAUCUUGGAGUCGGAAGCUGGGACAGGGAAACCGGUUGUGGACAUCACGAAGUGGUGGAAGCAUGUUGAUGACAGAUUCUUCUGGAACAAACAUAUGCUUAAGGAUAUUAUUGCGCUUGGUAGUCCGGACAGCGACCAAUGGAUCCUGCCCAUCAUCCAGGGCUACGUGCACCUCUCUCAGAUAGCGGUGGAGCCGGCAGACAGCAACCCCCUCAACACUGAGUCGCUGAACAACGCCAGUUCCUGUGACGAGACCUUCACACUAGGCGUCAUAUCUAGACGGUCUAGAUAUCAGGCUGGGACUAGGUACAAUCGUCGUGGUAUAGAACCAGGCGGGAAGGUCGCGAACUACGUGGAGACCGAGCAAAUAGUCUCCAUCAUAUGCUCGGACAGCAUCCAUCGAGCUUCGUUCGUUCAGGUACGCGGCUCAGUACCUAUAUUUUGGAGUCAACCGGAGUACAAAUUCCGACCCCCGCCGCGUCUAGACCGAACGGAAGACGACUCACAAACCGCCUUCGCCAAGCAUUUCACUGAAGAGCUCAAAACAUACAAGCAAGUCUGCAUCGUGAACCUGGUCGACCAGCAGGGUCGUGAGCGUAUCAUAUGGGAGGCUUACGGCAACCAUGUCCUGAAGUACAAUAGUCCAGAUAUUAUAUAUGCUACGUUCGAUUUUCAUGAGUAUUGCCGCGGCAUGCACUAUGAAAACGUGAGUAUAUUGAUCAACGCGCUGGCGGACGUGAUUGGUGAGAUGCGGUUCUGUUGGCGGGAUGACAGAGGUCUGAUAUGCACUCAGAACGGCGUCUUCAGGGUCAACUGUAUCGAUUGUCUCGAUAGGACUAAUGUGGUGCAGACGGCAAUAGCCAAGUACGUGCUAGAGCUGCAACUUUGCCGGCUCGGGCUGGGCACUCCUGGCUGCGGGCUGCCGAUCUCCUUACGGCAGGCUUUCCUCACCAUGUGGGCUGAUAACGGGGACGUCAUAUCACGGCAGUAUGCUGGCACUAAGGCGCUAAAGGGUGAUUACACAAGAACUGGCGAGAGAAAGUUCACGGGACUAAUGAAAGAUGGCGUCGCAUCCGCAAACAGGUACUACCUGUCCACCUUCAAGGACGCCCUCAGGCAGGUAGCCAUCGACGUGAUGACAGGCGAGUCGCGCUCCAUCCCCGACCAGCUGAUCGUGCCCGACGGCGCGCGUUGCACGUCCGUCAAGGUUAUCAGCUUUAAUGAUACAGCCGAACCAGACACGGCGGCUAUGGCGCAGCACGUCAAGUCCUUGAUAGAUGACUGUAAGAAGCUUCUCGUUGAUACGGAACCAGUGCUAGGAUCUUGGGGACUGAUAGAUGCUGAUCCUAAUACUGGCGACCCUCAGGAAUCGGAAAUGGACAGCGUGCUAGUACUGACAAGCGAGGCCUACUACGUGGCGGACUACGACGAGACGUCGGACCGCUUGCUGGGCGUGCAGCGCGUGCCUCUGGCUGACGUCACUGCCAUCGAGCUCGGGCCCUUCGACGCUAACGUUACUACUAUUUUCAGUGUAGGCCGCAAGAGUGGUUCGGAGCCUAUCUACUGCAUCCGCAUCAACUACACGAGCGGCGGCGAGGCGGGCUACUUCCAUAUGUUCCGGUCUACCUCGCUGCGGUUCUUCAAUAAUAUGGCUGUGGUCAUCAACACGAAGGAUGAAAUGAUUGAAUCUUUGCACUCGAUCUGCGAAUCGCUGAUGGUAGCUCGCGACGUCGCUAAACUACCGCCCAUACCGUUCCACGAUGGAGUCAAGUUGGAGAAGAGGAAAUCUAAGGUACACCCUGGUCAGAGCAGUACCCGUUCAUCCCUGUAUCUCGAUUUGUCGAAGCUACCGACUUUGACUAGAAACGUCAGUGAGACUCAACUCGUAGCUGACAUCAGGAGUGUUGGAUCAAAAGCCCUGACGAACAUGUCGGAGCAAUUUAGCAAGUUGAACAAACUGAGUCACUCGCUAAACGCGCGCGCCCGCCCCAGCUUACAGUUGAAAUUCGACCAGAGCGCCUCCCGGACCAAGAAGAUAUUCACCCUCGGACAGAACAAGGACAACAAGAAGAAGGGCAGCCUCUCCGACGGCAUGAGCUCGGACUACUCGUCAGACGACGAAAACAGAACGAAUAUCUUCGAACCGACCUUAGACAACUUCGAGAACACACAACACUACAUCGGCAAGCCCGGACAGAAGAGCGAAACUGAGAACGACUGCGAACUCAUACAGAACCCGUUAUACUCCUCCAAGAUCGAGCCGAACGAUCCGCAAGUCUUUAUUCCCUCGGAAAUAGUGACUAAUAUUGAUAAACAAGCGUCGAAGACGCCAAGCAACGUGAAUAAGAUAAACCCGUUUAAUAUAGACGCGUCUAAAACUCCUGAGAUACAUGUGGACAGUGCUUUUCCGAAACCAGCUCCUCCAAAUUCCUUGAUGCUGGCUCAGAAGCUAUCGCACAGUUCAAAUGAACUACAUUUUGAUGAUUGUCAGUCUGAAGGGGUCAAUUUCCACGUCCGUUCAAACUCUCAGCACGAGAUCACUCUGAACAUUGCUCAGUCGCACAGCGAGUCAGCUAUCAGGCAGUUCAAGAACCUCGCCAGUCCAGUCUCGAGUUCCACUAAAGAUAUGGUGCUGUCACCGCUCACGAAGUUGGCUAAGGGCGUGCAGAAUUUGGGCGCUAAUUUAGAUCCGAGAAAGAUUAAGGGCGCGCCAGCAGUGAAGCAAGUAACAGAACAGCAGUACGAAGAACACAGAAAGUUGCAAGAGAAAUGGCGCGGAUGCAACACUCGGCUGGUCGCACUCUAAUACCAGUGUUGCCAACAAGCUAGAGUUGCCAGGUGAAAAUACUUCUGUUCAUUUACCCAAGAAAGCCGCAUACCCAGUGAUAUAAUUUUAUUUUUUAAUUAAUUUAUUGAUAUCUCUUUUUGUGUGCACAAUUUUGUAUAUUUAUGGCGUAGACUUAGUCUGCAUUGUACAGUUGGAUUUAUAGAACGUAUUACGAGUUUUCAAACCUUACAGUAUUGGUAAACUAAUUGGAGUUAGUUUACAAUGUAUAAUGAUAUAUACGAAUAGUUUGCAGGGUUAUAAAGGUUCGAUCCUUUAGUAUUAGGGAAUGAUAUUAGGGCAAUUAUUGUUAAUCUACCUCUGUGUUUGUCCCUAUUUAAGAAUCUUCCUAAAUGUACGUUUCCGUGGGUUGUGGCCGAUACGAUAAACGACAGAGAAUGGUAACUAUGACGCCGUGUCCUGCCACAGGCGCGUGCAUUUACCGCUAUACUUAUGAAAAUAAUAUUAUCGCAGUUGUUGAUACGUGAUAGCACAGUUAACAGUCUAUCGCCGUAGUGUCGGCCGCCAUCCACAGAAAUACACCUUAAAUCUCCAAUCACACAAGGAUAUUUUCUAACAAUUAUCAAGACAAUCGAAUAUAUUUCGCCGCUGUUUAUCCAUGACCUUUUUAUACGUAUUAAUCGAACAGCUUUUUAAUAAUGUUGGUAUUUUCGAGCACUUAUUAACUAUGAACUAUCAGCUACAAUUUAAUUUAUUAACGUUUUUUAUAGAAUUGUAAUUCAUAUUCAAUCAAUACCUGAUAAAGAAUGCUUUACUUUAUUUUUGUGUCAUAUUCAUACUAAUUAGAUUGCUUUAAAAACAAAAAAAAACUGUCUAUUUUUGCAUAUACGCUUGAGACGAAUAUAAUGUAAUUUGUUUAAUAUACCUUGAAUAACGCUAAUAUUAUGAUAUAAUACUGGGCAAAGUCAAUUUUUUUGUAUAAUUUAAUUUCACUGUGAUUUUAUGCCGAAAUAUGAAAGCCAACAAAAUAGUAGUUAUUUAAAUUCUAAGACGCUUUCUUAUCAGGAAUUGGUGGAAUUAUAUGCUAUUAAAGCUUUCGAUGUUACUUAUAGAUCUAUAUAUAGUCUAUAUUUAUACUAAAAUAGCUCAAAUUCUAGGAUGAGAUGUCUGUUCUAAAGCUGUAUUGUACUGAUUAGAUAUUUUGACGGUUUAUAGCUGAUAGUUUUUAGACGAACGUUUCUGCUAACUUUAUAUUGAAUGCGAAUUGAUGUUUAUAUAAUUAUGUGACAUAAACCCUGGACAGAUUUACAGAAUUUGUUAUAACUUAUAUAUCUUAAUUAAACUUGAUUUUUUUACACAUAUGUUGGAUAAAGAUUUUUUUUCUGUAGUGUAAAAUAAAAUAUUACUUUGAUUGGCAACACUGAAUUAUUAACUGCAGUAGUGUACAAUGUUGCCAAAAAACAAAAUUUCCCCAACUUUAUGGGUAUUUCUUUUUUGUAGUAAACAACUAAGUCCUUUUGGUUUAGGACAGGGUUUUUGCUACAUGAAAAAAUAAUUGCGCUGUUUCUCUACUUUUAUAAAAAUUGACAUUCCUAACAUUUAAUUAUAGUAAUACGAUUAAGGCCUCAUAUAGAAUUCGGUAGAAACAUUAAAUUCAAUCAGAAUACAUUGCGUAGUACAUAUAGUGUUGUAUGCAUUUAGAAUAAAAUUGUUAGUACAUUGCAAGCGAUGCAUGUUAAACCGUAUCUCGAAAAGAAAGUAUUAUUUCUUCAAUUUACUAGCACCACCAUUUACAUUAGAAAUGUUUAUUCCAAAUUUUAAAGAAAGACAUUAAAUACCCACCAAUUUAGUACCUACAUGAUUAUAUAAAGAAGCUUCUAUGUGAAAUGGAAUUGUUACCAACGUUCAUUACUUGAUAACGAAAGAAAACUAUUUUAAUGAUGUGAUGUAACUUGUUAAGUCUUUGGGACUUUAAAUUAAGAGCGAGAUAGAAAUAUAAAACAUGCUAAUAUAAAAAAAUGAAUGAUGGUAGAAAAAGAGACGGCAAUAAAUUUACACCUUUCAGAAAGACUUCGUGAUAACAGUUGGUAACAAGUCCAAACAUUAAAAUGUUGUACCAAAUAUGUAACCAUAGCUUACGUUUGUUUAGGAUAACUCGUCUAAUUAUAACACAGUAUUAUAUUAAUCAUAUUUAUGUGUAUAUACCGUCUAUAAUGAUCGUGGCUUCCAUAGAAAUAUAUUGAUGUUAGAUUGUACUGGGAACUGUUGAAAAGAAACGAUACAUGAAAGAUAAUAUGGGAAAGAUUGACAAAGAAAAAAGAAUUACAGUUCAACAAUACGGAUGAAUGGAACAACAGUACGGAUGAUGCUUUUGUGGAAGCGGGACAGAGCUAUACUCAGAGUAAAGCGCUUUCUCAUUUCCACAAUAGCUUGGCUUGAUUUAAGAACAUAGUAAAUUCUCCGGGGAAAAUUGUAAUUGUUGCAUGUCAAGACUAAAAUUGCGGGUAGAACGAAAAGUAUUUGCGUCCUUUUUAUAUAAAAUACGAAAAUUCAUAGAUAAAAAGUGAUGCUUGUUGAUACCAAAUUAACCGCAAAGCUUCGAAAGCCUUAUUCCCAAAAAUGUUAUUGUACAAGUAUUAUUAAAAUUAUAUUGUCUGUCAAUAAUAGUGUAGCCACUACAAUAAUACAAUUAGCGGUGCAUAAGCAUGCCAUAAGCAAAAAAGAGCAGUUAUAGUCUGUACGAUCUUGCAUGGUUGGGAUGGCACUUAACAAUCAUUAUUGCUAUAAAGUAAAAAUAAAUAAUUAAACUCUGUUAAGACAGGAGUAAGGCGUGGUGACCAUAACUCGGUUAUCCGUGCAUUCAUUUUAACAUGCAGGCGUCAGGCGUGAAUGUUCAUCAUACCAAAAAGGAGGACAAACAUUUGUGUUAUCCACGAAUACUUCUUCUGACAUUGGGUGUCUUUGUGCAUGUAACUUUGAUGGAUUCAAGUCCUUAGUGAGAAAGUCGUUAAAAUUAAGAUUAGCUCACAGUGUGAUCAUACAGCCAACUGGAGCUUGAAUACAUAAAUAGCAAUCUUUGCAACUGAUUUAUUCAUUAAACACCUGUAGUAAUUACUAAUUACUCAUCGGACCAUGCCAGAAAGUUCAGACCUAAAACUCAUCUAUUUCUUUACCCUGUCUAGUCCAUUUAAUCUCUGUUCACAAUUAAAACUAUUUAUUCUACCAUUUUAGUAUAUUUUUUGAAUAUUUUAAGAACUAUAUAUACUUUCAUGAAGUGCUUAUAUAAUCUAUACGAAAUGCAAAUAACUGCCAGUGUAUUAUGAAAUUAAAUCGCAUUCACUAGUUUUUAUUAUAGUUAUAGAUAUGCACCAAUUAUUAGACAAAUGUUAUUAAUAUAUUUCGACCGUUUGUAACGUAGUCAUAAAAUUAGUUUUAGUUCUAUUUUCGUAGAAAUGUUAAUGCAAUAAUUGAUGUCUACCUAUUCUAUUUCCGAUGUUUAUAAAUAAAUUUGACGUACUAGUUCCAUUGAUGUUGAAUAUGAAAAAUUAUUAAUUGCACGAAGAAACUAUUAGUAUUAGGACACAUAUACAAAAAAAAAAUGUUUUUUCGUAAUAUCCAUAUUAAAAUUUCAAAAUAUUCCCUUAUAUCAUCAUUCGAAAUGACAAAUUUAAGAAUAUUACGUAAACUGUCGCAAAUUUAUUAGUUACAAUUACAAAAAAAAGUGAGAAUAAAAUAGUAUUUUGAGUAAUUCCAUUUAGUGUAAUGUUUAUAAUAAAUUAGUUAAGUUUAAUGUUGUACGUGGCCAAGGUUUCUCUUUAAUUUAAUACAUUCUGUUUUUAAUAUUGACAUUAUACGUAUUGAAUAAAGCUCGCUACCUCGCCGCGCAAUAGAAACUCGAAAAAUAACUGGCAACACCAAAAACAGGUUAUGGUGUUGCCAUAUAAUGCAACAGAAUAACAAGAAUUAAACGUUAAGGUUAGGGCGUCGCGUGGCUUUGUGUGUUUGGUCAUGCGUUGUGUUAGAGAGUAGCUCGUAGGAUUUUAUAUCAGCUUUAUAUUCAAAGGAAUAAAUAUUAUAACAAUAAUAUAGCAAAAUCGAUAUUAAGACAUCGCUUACAGCUUAAAAAUACCUGAUAAUAUAGGGACAGUGUAAAUUAAAAAGUUAUUAGACAAGGUGAAAAAUUUCGUGCGUGUUAUAAUACACUACAGAGCCCGCAGCCGCAGCUCUGUAUCACAAGAUGAAAUUGAAACACCCCCGACGGUCACUUCCACGAUUUUUUUAUGGCUCGACAUGAUUUUUAUUAAACAUGUCUAAGAGCACUCGCACAUAAUUCACCUUCAAUACAGGACAAACUAAAUUGAAAUCGCUUAAUCCGUUCGGAAGCUAUGGUGUACAGACAGACACGUCACACUUAUAACAUCCCUCUUAUUGCGUCGUAGGCUAAAAAAUGUAACAUCAUCGUGGGCAAUGUAUCGCAACACGCAGGAAUUUCUCGUCUCAUCUAAAAUUGUAUCCGUCUAACCAUUAAUUCGAUGUUUUAGGAUGUAGAUAAAGUACGUAGUUACGAGAAAUACUGCUUUUAUAAAAUCCUACUGGAACGCGUACAAAGCUGUUGUAAUUGUAAUUAGCUUGUUAAAUAUACAUCAGAGCAUUCUAGGUCAAUUCUUAGUUGUUGGUAGUAUGUUUGCUAGUACAAAUUUUUUGUCACACUUUAAAUAUAAUCGAUUAAUUUAUUUAUGUAUCAAACUGAUUUUUGCCACUAAACUAUUUUUUUAUUCUGUGGCAACAUUGUAAGGAUUGAUUUGUAACAUUAAAUGAUAUAUUUUAAAUACAGUAUUUUGAGAUACAUCUAUAAUCUUACAGUAAGUUAUCAAGACACUUUUAACAAAAGCUGUAUCGAACUAUUAGUUUUGUCUGUGAUUUAUUUAUGUCCUACAUAAUGUUUUGGUUAUUAUUUAUUUUUUGAACAUGAAUAAAUAAUGCUUUUGACGAAGUA